GAAUUUUAAAAGGGAUUGUUUCUUUACUUUCUUUUCCUGUUUAUUCAUCAUUAGUGUUAAGAAACACAACUGAUUUUUGUAUGUUAAUCUUACAUCGUGCUACUUUGCUGAAUUCUUUUAUUAGCUCUUGUAGUUUUUUGGUGGAACUUUUAGGGUUUUUUAUAUAUAGUAUCAUGUUGUCUGCAUUCAAUGACAAUUUUACCUCUUUUUUUCCAGUUUGGAUCCCUUUUACUUAGUUUUCUUGCCUGAUUAUUGUGGCGAGGACUUCCAAGACUACGUUGAAUAGAGUGGUGAGAGUGGGCAUCCUUGUGUUGUUGUUGUUCCAGAUUUUAGUGGGAAGGCUUUCAGUUUUUCAAUGUUGAGUACUGUGCUGGCUGUAGGUUUGUCAUAAAUAGCUCUUAGUAUGUGGAGAUAUGUCCCCUUUCUACCCACUUUGGUAAGAGUUUUUUUUUUAUCAUAAAUGGGUGUUGAAUUUUGUCAAAUGGUUUUUCUGCAUCUACUGAGAUGAUCAUGUGAUUUUUCUCCUUUUUUGUGUGGAUGUGGUGUACCACAUUGAUUAAUUUGCAUAUAUUGAACCAUCCUUGUGUCCCUGGGAUGAAUCCAACUUGAUCAUGGCAAAUGAUCUUUUUUAUGUGCUGUUGGAUUAUAUUUGCUAAUAUUUUGUUGAGGAUUUUUCCAUCUAUGUUCAUCAGUGAUAUUGGCCUGUAAUUUUCUUUUUUGGUAGUGUGAGCAGAGCAGAAGCAACCUUAGAAAGGUUUAGGUGCUUGGAAUAAUUUGGGAAGCCUCACUCCUGACUUACCGUCCAGUACGUGAGUGAUGCCUUUGUAGUGUGAUGAGCAUCACUGAAUUUUUCUCAGUGAUGUGAUUUUUUCCCUUUUUUUGGUCAUAUAAAAGUCAGAUGCUAACAUGCAAGAAGUUGAAAAAUUCAUAGCUGGUAAAAUAAUCUCCUGGAAAAGAGAGCAUUUGAAAAUGUGGAUGAAAUAAAUGAAAGUGUCAGCUCUUGUUGUUUUGCAUGAAAGUUCUAUUGUUUUUCCUGUGAUGAUAUUAACUGACGUAUAUUUUUAUUUUGUAGCCUGUGUACACUGAGGAUAUUGGGAUGAUUCUUUCUUUCCAAAGCACCCUAGCUCUGUAUCAGUGUUUGUUCUUGCUGUCUCUGUAGCUCUCAAUUUGUAUACUUGAUUGCAUCCUUUUUCUAUAUUGUCUGCUUCCUCUCUUGAUUUUUCAAAUGUGCAGACUUCACCAUCUGUAUUUACCUGAUUGGUAUACAUAGUAGAUGAUUAAGUUAAGUAAUGAAUAACUGAAUAACAUAGUAGCUAUCAGGUUUUUAGACAAUAUAUUCUUACUUCAGAAAGAUCUAAUUUUAAGAGCUAUGUGCCUAAUUUUUCAUAAGAUACGUGAUACUUAACAGGGAGCUUUCAUUAAUUUAAGAGAUUUUUGGCUCACUGAAACCUUUUCCAGCUUACACAUUUUGAGAGUUCAUCAUACUUGUGCUAAUGACCAUUGAAUGUUGAGAAGAACACAGGGGGAGGGUGUAGCUCAGUGGUAGAGCACAGGCAUAGCACGCACAAAGUCCUGGGUGCAAUCCCCAGUACCACCAUUAAAAAUACAGAAAUAAAUAAACCUAAUUCCCCCCCCCAAAUAAAAAAAAUACAAAGAAUAUAAACAGCAGCAUAGAAAGGAAAGGAAGUGUGUUUAAAAUAUAGAGAAGGCAACAUCUAAUCUUUAGAUCAUAUUGAAAGUUUUAUUUAAAUUAUUAUUUCCUUAUAGUUAGAUGGCUGUACAUUCAUUCCCAUUUACAUAACAUCAGCUUUUGGGUUUGUGAGUUCAUUCAAAUUUACAUGACAGUUUAAGUCUCCAUGUUCUACAGUUGUGGCUGAGAACUAUAAUCAAAGAAGAAGUAAAGCUUUUCCACUGAAAUAGUUAUUGGAGGAAUUGAUGAUUCCUGUGACUCUCAUUUGAAGUUAAUAAGUCAUAGGGACGUAUUUUCUAAGUCUUAAACUCCAAAUCACCUGGCUAAGCCACAAAGCUGAAACAGUCGACUGAAUGCCUGGGGCUGGCUGAGGCAUGGCUGGGAAGUCACUCUACAGAGGACUUGCUCCUGACUCUGUGCUGUCUCAGGAUUGCGGUGGCAGGGAUGGAGUGUCUGACCAGGGCUGAAGCAGACGUUGUGUUGCUGGUGGACGGAUCGUGGAGCCUCAGCCGGGCAAACUUGAGAACUGUGCGGAGUCUCAUUUCUCACAUUGUGGAAGUUUGCGAUUGGCCCCAAAAGGGUGCAGCCCUUGCUCAGUAUAGUGGGGACCCCAGAACAGAGUGGCAGUUAAAUGCUCACAGAGACAAGAAGAGCUUGUUGCAAGCCGUGGUGAACUUACUUUACAAAGGAGCAGUACCCUCACAGGUGAGACAAAGUGGUCUGGCGUGCUUGGAGCUCUUGCUUUUGGUCAAAGCUUGUGGCUGAAUAAUAAUGUGCCAGAUGCUCUUUUAAAAAUUCCACUAGGCAUGGCUUUGAACUUUAUUCGCUAACAGAGCUUCAAGACCCAAGCUGGCAUGAGGCCUUGAGCUCAAAAAAUUGGUGUUUUCAUCAGCGAUGGAAAAACCCCAAGAUGAUGUUGAGGCAAAGAAACUCAAGGAUGAAGGCAUGGAGCUGUUUGCUAUUGGUUAAGCACUGAAAAGGCUGGCUAUGCCUCCAGGGCUUACAAGUGUGCUGAGGAUCAUUUUGUAGUUUAAAAUAUUUUCUGAAGCAUGGACAAACAGGCAAACACAUUUUCCUUAUGAUAUGAUAUAAUUUAUCAAAAUGCUGUGCCAGGAGGUUAAUUCAUUUUCUUCUUUUCUCCUUGUAAUGGGCUGAGACUGGCUUCUUGGAAGAGAGUAAUGGGUCAAGAGGACAAAUGUAUGAUUAAGAAGAUUCAGGAAACUUUCUGUUUAACUUCCCACAGAACUGAGUUUAUUUUUGAUCCGUUAUUUUUCUUUCCAGAAAAAACACUGAAGAGACACUUCUUGGUGGGAAAUUGGUGUUAGAAGCACUUAGGAGAAUCUAAACAAAAUAGCCUUUGGUUAAUAUUUUUUUGUUUCUAUUUUAUAAUCAGAGAUAUGUAAUCAUUUUAUUAUUCAGGAAAAACAUAUAUAUGUUCUAGUUAACAUUGAAUAUAUAGGGGUAGCCCAUGAAAUAUUGGCUUCUAUUCUGUUGAUUUUUUUUCUGAGACAUGUUUUUUAUUUGUAUACAUUUAUUUUUCCCAAGGUAUUAAAAAUGCUGACAAAGCUGAGUUAAAGAUGAUUGCAGAAGAUCCUGAUGGUACCCACGCAUACAGUGUGGCAGAUUUUGAGUCCUCUCCAGGAUCCUGGAUGACCUCACCAUCAACUUGUGGGGAGAUCCCGGUGAGAGUAAAAUCCACACAGUUUAGGUGUCUGAGCAGUUUGGUCCAGAUAGUUCUUUCUUGGAUGGAGGGAGCAGUUUCUUUCGUGCAUUGCGAGUUGUUUAGCAGCAUCGCUGGAGUCUCCGCACUGAAUUCGUAGCACCCCCUGAGUCUUAAUAAUAAAAAUCUUCAGAAUUUGCCACACGUCUGCUGGGGAGAAUACUGCCCUCAGUUGAGAAACAUUGGUUUAAUCUUUGCCUUUUUUCUUUUUUGUUUUUUUUUUUCUGAUGGCAUCAAACUGUAAAUGACUUCUAGCUUAUUUGAGGGUACAUUUUGUUUAUAUAUGCCUGUGCCCCCCCCCCAACACACACACACACAGGGAAAGAGAGAUGCUUUCUUUCCUGGUGUGCAUCUACUUUGUGGUAAAGCACCUUCACUCUAUGUAGCUAGGAAGUUACUUUUAAACGGUUGUUCCCAGAUAACAUUUUGUAAAGUUUGCUCCCUUUUGUUUCUGAUUAGGAAUGGAAGAGGGGUCUUAUAUAUGGUGUGCUUUGCCCCAACUACCGAUGACCUCAUUUGGUACUUUGCACUUGUAACCCCUAAAUAUAAAGACAAAUUAUAGUUGUAGAGCUUGGACUUUUAGAAAGGAUGUCAUCUCUCUCUGUCAGUGAAGAAACAGAUUUAGAGAAGUUAAAUUACUCAGGGCCAAAUGGUUAAAGAUGUUUGUAGAGAUCCUUGAAAAAAGGUAGCUAUUGAUAAGGAAUUACGAUUGAGAAAUAAAAUGAUAGAAGUGAAUCUGUAGUGACAAAGAGUGGUGCAAAAUAAUGACUGUAAAUCACUGAAGAAAACAUGGUAAGUACCAAAUUGAAGGUUUUUGGAAAAUUAAUGAUAAAACUCCUGGCUCUUCUUAGAAAAAUUUCUUUUAAAUACAUGUAGAUUAUGAUAAACACUGUCUUUCACUAAUAUAUUCUGGUUUUGAAAAUUUGGAAUGAGUUUAACAAAGUGGCAAAAAUGAGUCACGUGCUUUGGGUACUGAGGAUACAUUAAUUUGAAUGUUCCUUGUAUUUCUCGCUCCAAAACAUUACAGAUUUUCUUUUUGGAAUUUGAACAACAGAUUUACCUUUUCCCUGGAGAAACAGACCAGCCAAGAAGCCAGAUACAGUAGGUUUCUGGCUCUAGAUUAGCUGAGAGAUUUGUAGUUUUAUAAGUUGGAGAGAAUUUUGAGUGGAGAUGAAAACAUCUUUUAUCUGUUUUUCUGUAUUUUUUUAAAUAUCCACUGUGUAAUAGUUGCAUUCAUUUAGUUUCCCAGACAAUAAAAUUGCUUGAUAAUUUUGAACAAUAAAGGUUAGGAUACUAAGAAUGGAGAUGCUUUUUCCCAGCUUUGGCUUACAAAGAAAGCAUUAUGGGUGUAUAUGAGAAUGAACUGCCAUGCUCAUGGAGUCAUUGGAUUAGUUCUCCUAUAAUUAUUAUUUGGGACAUCUUUCUAAUGGUCAUACUGAGCUGAAUGUUUCUAUUUUUUGUUAAUAUUUAUGCAAAAUAUUUUUCCGUAUUAGGCAUUUCACCUAUACUUGUUUCCACAGAGAAGACAGUCACAGGCAGUGGAAUCUUCCUAAGUUUUAGGAAAUUUGGCUGUUCUUCCUCUCUUGAAUGAGAAAGCGGUUAGCUUCUUUCAUCACUCAGUUAGAUCCUGUCAGGGAACAAGACUCAACUAAGAAACCAGUUCUGUCCUCGCAGAGCGUAACUUACAGCUAAGGGGAUCAGACAUUGAAUAUACAUAAUCAAAAUGAUAAUGAGGGCAGUGAACUUGGGUGGUGCCAACAGCGAUAGAGGCAGUGGGAUUGUCAGGACCCCAGUUGUCAUUUAUUGAUACAUGUACCAGGUUAGAGAGAGGAGAAGGUAUUCGAGGAUGAUUCAGAGGUUUUGAGUUCCAGGUGACUGAUAAACUUGUGGUGCCAUCCAGAAGAGGGGGAGCAGGUUUUAAUGAGAGACAGUGAGUGCAGGGUUGAGUCUUCUGAGGCUGGGGAACCUUCUGACCGUCCAUUCAGAGAGGACGUCUGGGCAUUGGGCCUCUAAACUGAUUUACUGUGACUGCUUAGUAUGUGAAAGAGUAUGUGUAAAAGCUUGAAACAGGGAGAGGAAAAUCAUUUCAACCUAAUUUAUUUAUUAUUAUUUUUUAAGCAUGAGUUAAAAAAUUGUUGUAUUAUUUUGGAUUUUUGGGGGGUAAUUAGGUUUGUUUAUUUGUUUGUUUUAAUGGAGAUCCUGGGGCUGGAACCCAGGACUUCGUGCAUGCUAAGCACACGCUCUACCACUGAGCUAUACCCUCCCCACUGUUUCAGCCUGAUUUAAAUGUCAUCACCUUGCUUAACAAUGAAAAAAGCGUCUGCACUUUAUUUCCGCGAGUAGGUGACUUGAAAGCACCUUCUAACCUAGUCAUUGCUGAGCGAACCCAUCGUCUUUGAGAGUGAGCUGGACACCUCCUUCUGACAGCAUGGACAGGUACCAAGUGGAGUCCUACCCAGGUUCUGAAGGGAAAUGGCAGGAAGUGAGUGGACGCCCCCUACAGCCCCUCCUUCCUGGUCCAGAGAUCGGUCCUCUUCCUUAGGACUCCGAGAACAGUGCCGGGCGAGGAGCAAGAGGGAUGGAGAGGGGGCCGAACUGAGUCGAGGGUGCUUUCCGUUUCUUGCUGGGCAGGCACUUCUAUUUGGGCUUCAUUAGUGGGAAAGAGCUUGGCUUAAAUUCUUGAAAUUUCUAAAGAUUGCAGAACAGCAAUACAAUUUUUAAUUAAAAUUUUAUUAGAGGAUGCUUAAUUUAUUCAUGUGUUUAUACAAGAGUCAUAAGGAAGAGAACGCUGAAGAUGAUCUAGUUUUACUGAUAGAUUUUACACAUAAGGAAACAGCAGCUGGGAGAAUAACUUGUGUGAAAUGUCCAAGAUCUCACUGUAAUCUGGUGGUUACCAAAAACAAAAGACAAGGGCCUCAUUAAAAUCUAAUUUCUAAGCUCAUUGCAGUAACUACUACAGUGCGAUUAUAGUAGAAAAGAGGGAAGCGAUGAUAACGUAAGUUGCUUCUACUGUUUAACUUUGCCCUAGUUUUAUGUGAGCUGGUUGGAAAGCAGCACAGUCCUGACAGAUGUGAAGCCCGACACCGAGUGUCGUGUUGACGGGUCUUCAGUGGUAGAGGAUGAACAUAGUGAAGUCCUGAAGGGCACAGAGAAAACUUUGCCUGUAGUCAGCCUCAACCUUUAUGACGUCGGCUCUGCCACCAGGCAGGUCCAGUGGCAGCCAGUGGGAGGGGCUGCUGGCUACACCUUGUUUUCAGGAACCCAUCAACGCCACAGAACCAACCAAACCCAAAGAGCUUGUCCAUCUGCAGGUGCGUGUGGGGCCGACAGUGAGUGGCGUGCAGGUGAGGGAGCUCUUUCCCAACACUGGAGAUGCGGUCAUGGUCCAGGACGUCCUGUGUGACCUCACCAGCGAACCUGUCACCACAAGGGAGGGCACCUGUAAGACUGCUAGUUUUCCUUCUUCCCGUAUUGCUGUGAACAUAGUAUUCAUUAGGCUUUUUCUUUCACCCAGUGAUGCCAGCAAUAAUUUGAUAGUUUGUGCAUAAGGGUUAUUACUUAACUCAAUCAAAUUUGAGAAUUAAGAUUACUUCUAGACUUGUGGCAGCAUCUUACAUUGAUUCUAGGGUUUGCAUUUAUUUUUCCAUAUUAAACAUGCCUGAUUUUGAGAUGUAUGUUACAAUCAGUGGUGUCUUAAAACUGUUCUUGGUGAGGUGUCAAUUAGGCAGUAAGACAGAAAAGAAUGGUGCAUCUUACAAUUGAUGUUGUAGAUCCAUGAAAGAUGGUGUAUAGCGCUGGUGAGACAGGAAUGUUGGGUGAGUGUAGUUUUGGUGGAAGAUACUAAGUUUAAGAUCAAGAUGUCCCAAGUUCUUGUUGAGGUAGAAACUCUAUGGCACAUAUGAAUAGUCUGUUUCAGUUAAGUAAAUUAAUCAAUUAACUCAGUGUCAAAAUACAUUGAUCUUCUGGGACACUCCAGCCCUGCGCUCAGGUGUUGGGAAGGAAGAAUACAGAGCAGCACGGAGGACACGAACUCCGUGGUUUGCGCUUCUCGUGUGUGUUGUUCAGCCCCUUUCAUGUUUCUGGUUUUUUUCACUAGCAUACAGGUGGCUUUUCUUGAAAAGUGGCAGUGAUUGCACCUAGGACCCUUGCCUGGCCUAGUUUUGUUUCUUACUGAGGUUGGCAUGCUGGGAUGGAUGACAUGGCUUAAAUGUUGAGAGUCUCAGCUCACAAUUCUAAGGAAAUUAAGAUGUUGGAAAGAACCCUCAAGAGGGGAAGGGGAUGAGACAGAAGCAGGAUGAGACAGAAAAGAGGCAUCUGCAAAGUGCGGCAGGAGACAUUCAUCAACAGCAAGUAAUCAUCUUGUGUAUGUUGGGUCCUGUCAGAAGCUGGUGGUCGGUGGGAAUGGAGUGGUGGAAGAUGGGAAGGGUGGGGAGCCAGCCAGGGGUGGUGACGUGUGCUGGGAGAAAAGUCCCAAGGGUCACGGUGGGAGGAGCGAUGAGUGUGGUUCUAGGUUGGGAUGUGGGGCUAGACUGCAGCAGCAGAGGACUGGAGGGCACGGAGAUGAGAACACGGAAGGGAUGGAGGUGCAGAAACGUGGAGGUGGAGACAGAUUCAGGAAGAGAGACGCAGAGAGCUGAAAGGAGAGGCAAAGGAAAUUGGUAGACAGGCAGCUAGAAUGAGUGAGAUAUGUCUCAGAGCAAAAGAAAAUCUCCCAGAGGUGCAAAUUUCAAACUCCCAGUGGAAAUGUUAGGUCUCUUGAUUGUGGAGAUGGCUUCAUAGGUGUCCACACCUGUCAAAAUUCAUCAAAUUGUGCAUCAAAAGUAUGUGAGCUUACUGUACAGAAAUUAUACCACAAUAAAAUUGUUUAAAAAAUUAAAAAUAAAAUAACUCUUGAAAAAAAAGAAAAAAAUUUCUUCAUUAGCUAUACUCCUCAAUCUUUUGAAGGUAAAGCUUUGUUUGACUUGGUGAAAAUUUAUCAUUGAGACUUUCUUCUAACCGUUUUGGCUCUGUGCUGAAUUUCAGCUCAUCUUCAUUCUUCACUCUUGGAACCAUCUGUUUUUUUUAUCACAGUCUUAGGGGAACGUAUUGCUGAUUUUGAUUUCUCUCUUAACUGCUUUAACUCUGAUAAACGUGAGCUACCCACUUACAGUGAAUUUUGCUUUAUUAUAGCUGAGCAGUAAGUAAGAACUUCCUUAAAUAGAGUAGAAGAAAUUUAACAUAGAGAAGUUAGAGUUGUAAUAAAAAUUUAAAUUUAUCCUAUUUUUAAAAAGCCUUCUUAAGAAGAAUUCAGCUGUACCUGGUAGAAUCAUGGUACUUAUGUCAUCAUAACCAGUUUGUUACUCUGCUGCGCACCUCGAAGUCUUCUCCAAACAACCUAUUGAAAGCUUGUGUGGAUGCUUUAGAGCUUUGUUUUGUGGUUGAGAACCGCAUCUGGACCUAAUUUGUCCUGCAUCUCCAGGGCCUUUGCCCAGUCCUUGAUACCUGAAAGUCACAGCACCAGGAGUGUCUUGUGGGAACCUGCCCUUGGAAAAGUGCAUAAAUAUACUGUCUGCUACAAAAGACCAGAAGAGGAUGUCAGAGAGGUGGAGGUGGACAGGUCACAGGCUAGCACGCCUCUUAAAGACCUCUUCUCACAGACCGUGUGCACAGUUGGCGUUUCUGCAGGGUGUGAUGAGGGGGUUCCUCCAGGGACUGCUCAGGAAAAGCACCUGUGAGCUGUGGCUGUGCUUUAUUGAUCAUCGGGAAACAGCACCGUGUGCUCGUGUCACCGAACCUCCUUGGUUACUUCAUUUCUUCAUGUUAUUUUUUGCCCGGGUUUAAUAAUGGUUGGGUUCCUAGACUGUUUUUUGCUUAUUUUCUUCUCAUCUUCUCUCUGUGUCCAUUCCUUUUACGAUAAUUUCUCUCCUAUUAUUCUACCUGCCACAGUCACUGAUUCAUCUCCCAGAUACUUGACUGCUGUGUGUGUGUGUGUGUGUGUGUGUGUGUGUGUGUGUGUGUGUGUGUGUGUGUGUGUAGGGGGUGGGGAGAAAGCACUUUCUUGAUGUAUGUUGGACAUUGUCUCUAGAAACCAUGCAUUAGUUAGCAGAUUUUUGGAGAUCUUCCUAUACGUAAAGUGCUAUCAGGGCUGAGAAAACCUUAAGCGUCUUUGCCCUCAGUAGUUCGUGAUUUUGUUGCAGAGAUAAAAGGUAACAAUACCUGAGAUUAUGUAAGGAAGGUGAGCUGUGUGGCUCUCAGAGGGAGGGCAGACUUCUGUAGUGGAAAGGUGAUGGAGAUGCUGGGCCCCUGCCCAGGCCCUGCCUUCCCUGCUCCAUUCUGAGGCCACUUCGAGGAAGGGAUGUCCCUUUCUCCCUCUCAUGGUGCUUGCAUAGUAUUUAACCCAGUUAUCAUUGCCUGUUCUUUUUCUAUCUGUUCGACUUUUCCCUCCUAAUGAAGGCAGAGACAUGUCUAUUUUGCUCAAUUUGUGUCUCCAGUUUCUGGCUAGUGCUCAGCACGAUUCUCUAAUUCAAUAGUAGUUAAGAAAUUGAGUCUGGAACCAGCUAGGUUCCCAAGAAAUAGGGGGCCACAGAGGUAACUCAGAAUUUUCUAGUAGCCAAUUAGAAAACGUGAAGAGAAAAAUGUAAUGAAUUUUAAUAAUGUGUCAUAUUGUACUCUGUGUAUCUAGAAUAUCAGCAUUUCAGCGUUUGUCAGUAUCAUAAUUAUUAAUGAGAUAUUUCACGUCUUUUUGGUAAUAAUGUUUUUUGCAAUCCAGUGUGUAUUAAUUUACACCUACGGCACAUCUUAAUCCAGAUACCACAUUUCAAGUACUCAAUGGCUACAUGUGGCUGGUGGCUCCCAUGGUGGACAGCAUGGGUCUAGAGAAUUUAAAUGACUUGCCCAGCCUCGCCCAGGAAGCUCGUGGUGGGAUCCGUGCUAUAGUCUGGAACUUUUCCUUCCUAUCCAGCAACUCUUUCAUGGAGGCUUAGAAGCUUUUCCUUUGGUGCCCAGCUGUCUAUCCAUGCUUAAGACAUCUUGUCAGUUCUCUCAGUCUACUCCUGAACAUCCAACAGUACCCACUUCUGCUCUUUUCUGACCAGGUAACACCUCUUAGCAGCUUCCGUUGCCUUCUUGGCAUCGGUUCUUACCUGGAAGGGUAUUGGCUAGAGGUGGAAAUGUGUCCACAUGAGCAGACUGACAGAUUUUUCAUAAACAUAACAGGAGUGGUCAAGAGAAGACAAAGUCAGGAAGACAUACCAGUGGAAGCAGGUCAUCUAAUAUACCAAAUGGUUGCUUUGAAUGUAUGUUUUGUAAUCCUUAAGAUUUCCUAAGAACGUUUAGAUACAUCCGAAGUGCAUUUCUAAUGGUCGGUUUGCUUUGCAGCUGUGCUUGUGAAAGUGGUACCCGUCUCUGAUCUCAGUGGGCCUUUUCAUUGUAAUGAUUAGAAACAAAUUUUUUGAUGGCUCUGGGUUUUGUGUAUUUGGCUUUUUGUUAUCAGGAGGCAGAGAAAUAAUUGACAAUGGAAGCUCCAAACUGGUGGCAGACAUUCCAGAUGGCUUGAGCUGCAAACUAACUAGACUGCUGGUCAGUAGCAGGGCUCUUAAUUGGGAUUUCAGGGCUAUUCCUGUCUCCGGAUAGAGUCAGCGCAGUCAGCUGCACGUUGUGUUUAAGAGGGACUCUGCCAGCCCCAAUAAACCUGCAGAUACCGAAGUAACACCAGAGAGUUCCAGAGGGACUUGGUAUCACGGAGCUUCUGACGUGUCUCUACAGAAUCCCCUGGGCCCCUUCUGGAAGCUCAGAUAAGAUGGAGGACCAUACAGUGGACUGAGGAAUUGGAGUGUCUUUGGGGAGACAACCAACAGCCUCUCCAUAGCCUGGCAUCAUGCUGAUGGGCCAGUUCAGCAAUAGAGGAUCAUUUUUUCUCCCACCGUUGGUGACCCAGUCGAUUAAAACUGCUCACGGAGCCCUUGAGAGAAACAAGGAAUAUGGUCUGAACCAUCACACACAGUCCCAGUACAAGAAGUGCUGCUCUUCACUUGGCUCUUGUAAAGUGAUGCCACCCCGUGCUCCACCUGGAGACUCAGGCUGGGAUUGCUUUUGAGCUCUGAGAUCUUCCUCCAGAAAACUGUUGCCCACCGGGUCACCUACCAGGGCCAGGCAAGUCUCGAUGACGGCGAAGGGCACCACACGCAUAGUUGAAGCAGAAAUGAGUUACUUCCUGCUCUCCUAGUCUCAUGCACUGUCCUGUGACUCCUCUCCGUGACUCAUCCCAGAAGUAAGUUCAAAAUCAAAGAUCAUUCCUGGAAGAUACUUCACAUCUACUGCUCCACCUUUUCCAGCUGCUGCCCAAGGAUCUGUCUUCCAAUCUGCCUGUCUCUGAAAAUGAGGAGAAAGUCACUCCCUAGCCCCCGGGAGUCUGAAUGGGCAGGACAUUGCUUCAAGAGGUUAAGAAAAUCAACCCGUAAGUGGGCCAGACUCAUCUGCUGCUGCCCACCAAACAGGGUCGAGCCUAUCAAUGACCCGACUGAAGGUCUCCCUGAGGACGUGAUUGAGGACCUGUCCAAUUACAAUCCAAAGGACGAUCCGGUUAUACACAACGUGGAUUGGGGCACCAAGGAAGAUGGCAAAGAUGAUCUAGAAGACCUGACGGAGUUCUUAAUCGACCUGCCCAGCAAUAGGGCAGCGGAAGAGCCUCCGAUUACCCCCAGACUGGCCUGGGUCGCCAAGGAUGAUGCUCUCAUGGAGAUCGAGAGGAAGGACCCACCGGAGAAGAUGGGAGAAGAGGAGACCCCAUCCACCACUGAAGUGGAAGUGUUGGAAGUUGAUACCGCUUCCACCGAGGACCUUCUGGAGUACCUUACUGGUCCACGAAUUUCAGAAGAAGAAACAUCAUCUACCUUCAAGAUGGUCUCAGAUGAGAGCAACACCGAAAAGAUUGUGGAGAGCACCUGUGACACUGUGGACGAAGAUGCCGCAGGUGGAAACAACACUCAGAACUAAAGGGUGGAGAGCACAUACAGUAGCGAAGAUCAAGCUGCUACAGCCUAUACUUAAUAUAAGGGACCUUGGGUUAUGUGAGUUAAAAAUUGGACAGAGUGAUCAACUGGGCGACAAUCUACUUCCCGGAUUUCAUAGAGGCAGAAAAGAUUCUUCCCAUUGGCAUACAUCUCAUAUUUCUGCACAGUCCUUGGAAAAUAAAAAUGGUAAGCUAAUGUAUUUUGUGUUCCAAUGAAAGUAAGCCAUUGUAUUACUAUUAAUAAUUUCAUAGACACCACUUACUAACGUUUUCUAUGUGCAAACUUCUUUCCUGAGUUGUUCUCCCCCCCUUUUUUUUAGAGUAAGUUUUCACUGGAAUGACUAGUUUUACAGAAAAGUUGCAAAGACAUCACAAAGAGUUCCUGUAUACCCCUCACCUCUCUUCCCCUAACGUUGACUACUUCCACAACCACGGCACCUUUGUCCAAACCAAGAAAUUAACAUGGGCACAAUACUUUUGACUAAAGUAUAGACUUUAUUUAGAUUUUACCAAAUAAAAUUGAAUUUCCCCAAAUCACUAGUUUUUCCGUUAGGGUUCAGAUUCUAUUCCAGGACUUAAUCCAGCACACUAAGUAGCAUUUGGAAUAGUGGAAUGUUGUUGUUGUUUUAACUUUAUGUGACCAAUAUUUGUUAGAUUCCAAGUAACACAGUGACCUCUGAGAAUAUGUUAAAGAAACAGUCGUGGUCCCUGCUUGUAUAGAACAUCUAUGUGUUUUCUCACUUGUAUCCUAUACUAAGUGGGCAUUUUAUUAAAAGGGAAGUCAACUUCAUGAUACUCAAACAAUGGAUGUGAGAGGCUUAUCAAAAUACUUGCUGCUGGAAGAAGAGACUUUAAAAAUUCAAUACAAAUGAUAAAAGCCCUGGAAUUAAAGAACAGGUUUGAACAGUUUUGUGAGGAAGUUUUGAUUUGAAGCUGUACUUCACAUCAACUUAAAUCAUUUACUGAUCCUUCAUUCUUCUUUUGCCUUUAUUUUGUACACGAGCUACAGGAUGGGGAAGCAGCGACCAGCCGGGCCCCUAGGCCGGGAGCAGGCGGCAGGUCUGCGCGGCCCCAGGGACAGGCUGGUGCUGCAGCCACUCACCCAGGCCAUUCUGGAGACAUCUCGCAUCUCCCUUCUCAGGGAAGAAAAACAAAAAAGGAGAGCUAUAGGAUGAAUAAAGAACUCACAAGUAAGGAAAAGAUGAAGUUUUUGAGCUUAGAUGCUUGCCCUAAAGAUCAGCUUCUGUUUUCUUUUUAUGCUCUACUGCCUCCGUCCUGAGAGAAGCCCUGAGGCUUAGCAGUUGAGAGUAGACUAGGACCAGACUCAGUCCUGCUGCUGAGUGACUGGGGCAUUUACAGUAAAUCUCUGUUUUCUCAUAUGAAGUGUGAGGAAUAACCCCUGAUCUCUCUUUGGAGGAUCAAAUGUAAUGAUCUAAGCAAAGUACUUGGCCCACAGUAAGUGAUCAGCAGAGUCAAAUUUUUUAUUAUCAUUGUUUUAUAGUAUUGUUAUUAUUACUAUUGCUCACCUAGUCCGAGUAUUUACAUUUCCUUUUAAGAUGUUCCUCUGACUGCCAGCUGUUUCUUCUUGGCUUAGGCAGGCAGAGGUAUUAGGAAAGGGUGUCUUGGCUUGAUUAUUAGAGUUCUCACAGAAAUCCUGGAUUCUAACUGGGAUGUAGGGAGAGAGGAGAACACGUUUCUGUUGUUGCUGCACCCGAAUUCCCUGGGAACCUGGGUGUUCAGUAGAAUGGGGCCCUCUAGUCAAGGACAGGGGUCAGGAAGAAUGAGGGCAGUGUUCACGGCGAUGGAGGGAACCUGCUUCAUACCCACGUCUAUGAAGCUGUAAGAGAGAAAGACAAUGACACCUCUGGUUCCCAGUGUUGCAUUACAUUGUUCAGUUGGGUGUUGAAAUUAUCGCUAGGAAAUAUAAAUUCUUUGUCUCUUUAUGCUCUUAACCAAAAACUUUAACUAAACAUGUCUAUCUUUUUUUUUUUUUUUUAAUCUCUGACAUGCCUUUAUUGCGGAGAUGAGUACACAGGCCUCACUAGCGGCAUUCAUGGUCCAUGUAUAUCUUUUAUCUCUUGGUUUGAAGCAAGAAUCUCCACAUAUUUGAGGAAAAUGUCUGUCAUGGAAGAGAGGCACCAAGUUGGGCAAUGAAGACUCCUUUGACGUCCUUUGAAGAAAUGGUUAAUGCAGAAGACAGAAGAAUACUUCAGGAGGAUGGUACACUAAUUUGUGUGUUAAGUGACAGGCAAAGAAGUGUGUUAAAAAAAAUAAGACUAUAACUAGGAUGCACACCUAGCGCUGCCCCACAGAGCACGGAUGUGACGGUGCGCUUCAUCUCAGAAACACGCUUUGUACUGAAACAGAACCAGCAGCACUUGACUUAGAAAUGACAUGCAAGGAAGAGUAAGAAAGACUUGAUGGAAGUGAAUAUAACCACUCCCAGGAUGAAGUUGUUUUACAAACAUGUACUCCGACAGAAAAGACAUCUGAAAAUCAAAUCAAGCAAAUUAAUCUUCCACUUUUGCAUCUGCGGAAAAUGCCUCAAGAACCAAGAAUGAAUAAGGAACAUGAUAGAGAGGACGUAUCUGUAUAUUCAGGAUGUUCCUGUGUAGAAAAGCAUGAGGACAUGUGGAUCAGACAAGGCUAAUUAGAGUGAAAAAACAAUACUAAACUCAUCACAAAUGAGUUAAAGCAGAAAGUGGGUGAAAUUUGUGAAAAAUGCAAAAUUACUGUUUGUUCUGGAGACGAGCCACUACAUGACACUCUAUAAGGAAGGAGCAGACUUAACGGAAACACCUUCUGACUUGACACUUAAUGUACUUGACUGUGAGGGAGAAGACGCAUUGGGCACCCGUCUGCUUGCAGAACUCCAGGCAUUUGCUGAACACAGAGAGCCCGGUCUUGAAAAUGUUUUUCCAUCUUACUCCAACCUUGAGUCCCCCAGAUACGCUUGCCAGGUGUCUUCAAAACUUGAUUUCAAUGAAAAUGAAUUAGACUGUGAAAGUGAUCAACCAGACACUGAACAUGUUUCUCACAAAAAUGAGGAGUUUUUAUAAUGAUACAGAAAAUAAAAAAGUAACGAACCCAGUAGCUACGUUUGAAGUGAAAGAAGACCAAGAGCUGGAUACGCGAAUGAUACAAAAUAUGACCCAAAAUACCACUAAGUGGAAGUCAGACGUCGGACAUGCACCACCUCAGUGUAGUGAUCCAAAAAGCCUUUUGAUUUGUGGCUUUCCCACUCCAGUGAGAUGAAACACAUGAUUCAAAUAAAAGGUCACAGUGUUUCUGCUGUUGCAAGUACUUACAAGAAAACCAAACCAGUACAAACAGGUCCCAGAAGCCAUUGCUUGCAGGUAACUGCAGUGCUAAUAACUGAAAUCACGGACCCCGAAUUAGAAAAUGUGAGUUCUUCUCCAUCGAAUAGUAACAGAACAUCCAAAGUAUAUCUAGACGAAGAAUUACAGCAAGAUAUGCAAAGGUUUAAGAAUGAGGUUGAAGAAGAAAAGCAGCAGCACGGAAGUAGUGAAACGGAAGGACCAGGAAGCAUGGGUGAUGCCGGUGAGGACAGCGGAUUAACUCAACAGAGGAAGAGUGGAAACACUAGUAACCAGCAGCCUCCUGCUGCAGAGAAUGGAGAUUCUGGUGAAGAAAAGCUAACAGUGAUUACCUUCUCUGGAAAUAGAACAGCAUAAUACAGUGCACAGGCCAAGGCAAGAGAAUUCUCAACUAUCUCAGACCAGCGCUGCCAAAAGGUUAAGAUGAGGACAAGUGCCUGUGACUGGCAGUGGUUUCAGCACAGAGUCCCCGUGGGAGCUGGGCUGCAGUGAGUCGGUGGAAAGAGCUGCGUAGAGAACGUUCACUGGGAAGGCAGGAGAGGACUGGACGGUCUGCAAAGAAAACACCUAAUGAAAAGGACAAGGUCAAAGAGCAAAUUAAUUCUGUGGAUGACCUCGAUGACUUAACUUAGUCGUCUGAAACGGCUUCUGAGGAUUGCGACUUGCUUUACUCUAGUUUUAAAAGUUCCCUGUUGCUAAUUGAACAACUUGGCGUGGAGCGUAAAGAAAUCCAGGCGUCUUGUGUGCUGACCCUGUGCCCUGCAGCCUUACUGAACUCGUUUACUAGUCCUGGUGGCCCUUUGGUUCACCUAAAAUAAGAGGAGGAGAAGAGGAGAAAUGCUAAGUCACAUGAGAGAACCAGGGGGCAGUUAAGAAGAAAAGAAGAGCAGCUGAGCCGGGAGGUGUAAGCUGGGGAGCGUGAGCUGUCCCCUGACUCAGAUGCAGCAGGAGUUGGUAAAAAAUAUAACUAGAGAACCAGAAGAUGGUACGUUGCAAAAAUUUAUGAAUUAAAUUGAGACAUUGAUUUCUGAAAUACAGUCUGCUGCUGAACUUGAACCUGGAUCCUAUGGAGCUUCUCCUCUAGGAUGUAGCGCAGCGCGUGGAGAAGCCACUUUGGGCGGCUUUUUGUGGGGUCCUGGGGCCUCUCUCAGCCUCUGGGCGCCUCUGUUGAAAACCCUUCCUAGCUGUCUGGCCUGCUGGAAAACCACUCCGCCUGCUUUGCCCUGAAGAUGUGUUCUGUUUAUAACUCACUUCUACUCCUUGGAAAAUAAUUCAAUGAAAACCCAAUUGGUUUUCCACCAGCUUUGGGCAGGGAUGAGGACUAGCAUAUUAUUAUUUUAUUAAAAAUAUAAAUAAUAAGAGAAAUGUAAUAGAAAAGAACAAAUUUGACUCUGUAUUAGGGCUGUUCAUUUACCUUUAAUAAAACCACUGUGCUCUG